AUGACUCUCAUCCCACUCCCUCCUCCGACCUACCAUCCAGCGACCCAGAGGCGCGCCGGCGCCAGCCCACCGUCGCCCUCCCGCGCCUCCACUCGGCUGACGGCUCCCCCCUGUGCGGCUGUCCCUCCGCGCGCCUCGAAGCUCCGAGCUCCGACAGCGCAGAAACACUCCAGGCCUCCACCGGCCACCGCGCGGCCGCGCGCCUCCAAGCUCCGAGCUCCGACAACACAGAAACACGCCGUGCCGCUCCCCCGCGCAGUUCCCAGCAAGAUCUGCGCCAAGAUCCGCCGCCCUGAGGCCCCUACCGGCCCCGUCCACCGGGCCGUGCCACUCUCCGCCGCGCCGAGCCCCUCCUCGAUCCGCGCACUGCGCCCAGCCCUAACUUUGAUUGAUCAUUUGGUUGAUGAUUUUGUUGAGAAUUUCAGGGAAGAGGAGCUCGAGCAAGUUAUUUUCAGUGCGCUAAAUGACGAGGAUGCCAAAACAGAGGAGAAUGACGCUAUUCGAGAGAUUAUCAUGCAGCUGUACUCCACGGACGAAAUUCCAAUUCGGCACCUAUCGAGCAGGAUGCCCAAAUUGACCAGCACAGAACCGAUUUUGCCAUCUGUUAUGAAGCCAUCGGAGCUAGACUUGAAAGAGGUAGGGUUUGGGUGUCAUUUUGAAGAUUCUGGAGAAUUUGGGGUCAAAUCGGACACUUUGCGAAGUGUGGUGGAGUCAACUGAAAUUCUGGAAAUUGAUGUAGGAUUUGACCUAGUCAAAAUUUCCCCCAUCGUUUCUCUCUCAAUUCCACCUCCUCCAAAACCCACUCCAGCCAUCUCCACUCGCAUCUCUCAUCCUGAAACACCGCCGCCACCGCGACCCCCUCCAGAACCGCCGCCGCAGCCACACACCUCCAGCCUCCAUCUCCAACCUGCACCCACUGCUGCUCUCCAAUUCCACAAUCCAACACCUCUCUGUUCCAGCCAUCAUAUCUUUUCGUCUGCAUCUGGAAAUCACCACCGCCAGCCUCCACUACCGCCCUCCAUCUCCACUCGCAUCUCUCCUCCUGAAACACCGCCGCCACCGCGACCCCCUCCAGAACCGCCGCCCUCCGCUCUCUGCCGGCAUCUCCACAAGGCAGCGUGCACGGUGAUGUCUUUCCCUUGUGUUUGA